AUGGCAGUCGUCUGCAUGAUUGCCUUUGCAUCAGUCGGCAUCGCCACCCCUGAUACCUUCUACCUGUCCAAAGGAAAGGAAGUUCUCACCAAAGAGCAGCCCGUCGGCAUUGCCCUCACGUUCUUGCUUUUCCUCUUCAUCUUCUUCUACAAGCCAACUUGGGGUGCAACGACCUGGAUUUGGACCGCUGAAGUCUUCUCCAUGAACGUCCGCGCCCAAGUUGUCGGCAUGUGCUCGCAGUGGCAGAACGUCUCCAACCUAAUCUUCAACCAAUUUUUCUCAGUCUUCCUAGCCAAGGCUAGUUUCUAUACCUUCUACUUCUUUGGAGGAUCAACGUUAUGCUUGCCAUCUUUGUUCUGUUUAUCGUCCCAGAGACGAGGAACAUCAAGGAGAUGGACACCCUCUUCGGUGGAUCCAAUCAUAUCGAGAAGGGUGGAGCUCACGCCGUUGGUGCUACUGCGAACACAGAGAGACUGUGCCCGCUGUCGCUGGGUCGAAGGUUUAAUGGUUGUCUGGUUGGAAACUCUGUGUCGUUUGACGUGUGAGUGGUACAUUAUGGUGAGGAGGGGCCUUUGUAGAGGCCGGUUCUAUACAGUAACAUAA